CUGCCAAUCAACUGCAAAAAGUGAUCUCCUUUUUCCCUGCAAAUGAAUACAACCUAUUAAUUUCAUACUUGUGAACUGAAAUAAAUCAUCAUUUUCCAUUAGAUUUAAUCCGAUUAAAUAGAGAUGUCAACUUCUUCUGUUUUAUAAUGGAAAAUAUUAUUGAGAUGCUGAAAAUGCAUAAAUUUCAUCUGAUACACAGCAGUAAAUUAGGCAGCCAUUCGACGAUUAUGGGCACUUAUCGAAGAUGGUGGGCUUUGUGCAGUCUAUGGAAGUGGAAGUGAAUGGUGGUGGGGCUCUCUGCUGUUAAUUCUGACAAUCUUUCUUCAGGUUUCUUUAUAUAACGAAUAUUUUCUGUACUAAGUGAAAUAAGGGAGAGUAAGUAUCGUCUUGAAACAAAGGGAGCAGAAAUGGCAAAAUAUAUUCUUCUUGCAGUUCUUAAAAUAUUAAUGCUCUUAAUAUUUGCUGGUUGGGUUUCUCUUUGGCUUCUAAAGCCUACUAAUUUAUGGACAAGAAAAUGGAAAGAAGCUGAAGAUAGUGCUAGGCCUACAAUAUUUGGCUAUUAUGGUCUUAACUUUGCUGCAUAUACAUUUCCUAUAAUCGCACUGGCUAUAAUUGGACUAGUCUACUUGAAUUUUCUGUCUAAGGAGCUAAUAAGAAGAAGACAAGCUAGGACUCCAACUAUUGGCUUCUCAAAUCCUGUGAUAGUAAACAGCUUUGUGGGUAUUUUGUCAAGCAAGGAAAUCUUGACUGUUCUCCUCUUCAUCCUGUUUUUAGUAUGGACUUAUUAUACCCGCAUCUCUAAUGACUUGAAGAAGUUGAUGCCAAUCAAAUCGCUGAACUUGAAUCUAUGGCAACUCAAGUAUCUAAGAGUAGCUACCCGAUUCGGUUUGCUAGCAGAAGCCUGCCUGGUUUUGCUGCUUCUGCCUAUUUUAAGAGGCCUAAGCUUAUUUCAAUUACUUGGAAUCCAAUUUGAAGCAUCAGUAAGAUAUCAUAUCUGGCUUGGAACUUCAAUGAUAUUUUUUGCCACUAUUCAUGGUGGAAGCACCUUGCUUGUGUGGGGUGUCAGUCACAACAUUCAAGACGAGAUUUGGAGAUGGCAGAAAACCGGCCGUAUAUACUUAGCUGGAGAGAUAGCCCUUGUUAUAGGACUAGUAAUCUGGAUUACUUCACUUCCUCAAAUAAGAAGGAAAAGAUUUGAACUUUUCUACUACACUCACCAUCUUUAUAUUGCAUUCUUCGUAUUCUUCUUGUUUCAUGCUGGAGACAGGCAUUUCUAUGCAGUUUUCCCUGGAAUCUUUCUCUAUGGUCUUGACAAGCUACUUCGAAUCAUACAAUCAAGACCAAAAACAUGCGUUCUUUCUGCAAAAGUGUUCCCAAAUAAAGCUGUACAACUUGUUUUGCCAAAAGAUCCAAGCUUGAAAUAUGCACCAACAAGCGUGUUAUAUAUAAAAAUACCAACUAUAUCUCAAUUUCAAUGGCAUUCCUUCAGUAUAACUUCGAAUUCCAUCGAUGACCAUUACACGAUGUCGAUUAUAAUAAAAUGCGAUGGAGGAUGGACAAGUUCUAUAUAUGACACGAUAAGAGCAGAAUUAGAUUCAGAUGCUGAGCAUAUGAGUUGCAUACCUACAGCAAUUGAAGGUCCUUACGGACCUGCCUCACUAGACUUCUUAAGGCAUGAUAGCUUACUUCUUAUUGCGGGUGGAAUUGGGAUAACCCCAUUUUUAAGCAUAUUAAAGGAAAUUGCUUCUGUUGAAAGCAGCAGCAGAAGCAGAUUUGGAUUCCCUGCAGAAGUGCAGCUUAUCUAUGUUGUAAAGAAAUCACAAGAUAUUUGCUUGUUAAGCUCAAUUUCUUCUCUGCUUUUGAACCAGCCAUCACCCGAACAAUUGAAUUUAAAACUCAAAGUAUUUGUGACUCAAGAAGAAAGGUCUUCCUCAACAUUAAGAGAACUGCUAAAUGAUAUAUCUCUAAUACGAACAGUCAAUUUCAGUACCAAAAGCUCUAAUUAUGCAGCACAAGGACUAGACACUCCACUAAAAAUUGCUGCAAUAGCUGCAUUAACUUGUCUUGUGUUUCUUGUUUUUCUUAUAAGUUUAAACCACAUAUUUCUUCCUUCCAAAAAGAAUGGUUCCGCCUCCAAAAAGAUGGUUGUUCACCCCAAAAAGGAAUUAUCUAAAGAAAAGACUUCUUCAUCAGUCGUUGAUUUACUUCUCCUUGCUUCUUUCAUUAUAGCAAUAACAUGCAGCACUUUUGUGGCAAUCAUUUUGAGAUGGAAAAGGCUAAAGAAAGAGAUUCCUCCUGUCUCUCAGAAACAAAGCAAAUCAGCUGAACCAAACACUAUGGAAAUAACAAGUGCUUUUGAGGAACAUGAAAUCCAUUUUGGAGGAAGGCCUAAUUUCCAAGAUGUAUUCUCCAAGUUUUUAAAUGAAACUGGCGGAUCUGAUAUCGGAGUACUGGUUUGUGGGCCUGAAGCUAUGAAAGAAUCGGUAGCAUCAAUAUGCAAGCUCAAAUCACAAGGGUUAAAUGCAGGUGCCAAGAGAAAGAAACGUUUCUUUAGUUUCCACUCCCUCAACUUCACACUCUAAGAGUUGUAGUUGGUGGGUUUCUACUUUCUACCAAGUAUUUUCAAGAGCAAAAACAAAGCUGUAAAUUUAGUUACUGCAGUUUUAACUUAUCUGUGAAUUUUUAUUUUAACAUAUAUAUGUCAAGGCAAAUUCUUAUCUUUUCUUUA